AUGAAGGCAUCUUUCUCAAUAUUCAUCGCUUUCUUCCUCAUCUCUGCAAGUUUAUCAUCUUGGGGAGUGAGUUCACAAGCAGAUUCAUGCAGCUCCAAUCUCAACCUCAAUGGCAAAAUUCCAUUUGACACCUCUUCUCUAAUCUGCAACCCCGUUUGGGCCUCCCAAGAUUUCAUCCUCAGAUACUCACAAGCAGGACCGAAUUUGUGGAGCUUCGUUCUCUCGGCACCCAACAACAAUGCCUACAUAUCCAUCGGAUUCUCUCCCAACGGCAACAUGGUGGGCUCCAGUGCCGUCGUGGGGUGGCAGUCGUCCGACGGCACAGCCGGAAUCAAGCAGUACUCUCUGGACGGCCAAACGCCGAGUUCGGUGCAGCCCGACAAAGGAAAGCUCGCCAUCCCCGGAAAUUCAUCGUCCGUCAUUUCUUCGUCCACGCGUGUAUACGUGGCCUUCCAGUUGCAAACCGCCCAGCCGGAGACUCGCCUGAUUUACGCCGUCGGCCCCACCGGAGUCUUCCCCUCCGCCCCCGGCGACAACCGCCUGGCCGAGCACAGCGACCGCGCCACCACCACCAUCAAUUAUGUCACAGGAAAAAGUGAUACAAAAAAAAUUCCAUAUUCAAAUCUGAGAAAGAGCCAUGGGAUUUUAGGCAUGGUAGGCUGGGGAAUCCUAAUGCCCAUAGGCGUGAUUGUCGCUCGCUACUUCAAGCAAUUGGAUCCGAUCUGGUUCUACUCGCACGUCUCGAUCCAAACCCUUGGUUUCAUCUUUGGCGUUGCUGGCAUUGUCUCUGGGAUUGUCUUAGAGGACAAGACUAGUGCUAGCGUCAACAAACACAAAGGCCUUGGAAUCUUCAUCCUCGUUCUCGGUUGCCUUCAGGUGACGGCCAUGUUAGCUCGACCAAAUAAGACAUCCGAGUAUAGAAAGUAUUGGAAUUGGUACCAUUUUACGAUUGGACGACUCGUCAUAAUUUUUGCAAUGGUAAACAUUUUCUAUGGGAUUGACUUGGCCAAUGGAGGGGCUGGUUGGAAUGGUGGCUACGCCGGUGUUCUUGUGUUGUUAUUUAUCGUGGCAACCAUUUUGGAGAUAAAAAUAUGGAUGAAAAAGUAAAUAUAUUUAUUUUGUUUUGUAUUUUUUCUAUUAUUUCGUAUUGUUUUAUGAAACAAUCUUAGAUUCGUGUCGUUAAGGGUAACCUUUCUUUUUCUUUUUCUUUUUUUUGGUAUGACGAAAAGUUUGAGCCCAUCAUGAUUCUAUUUGUUUGUUGUACGCCGAACUUAUAUAUUU